AUGACUUCUACAGAAGAGGACAAAUUGAUUGAAGACGUCUACUAUAAUUUACAGAAUGGAGCAGCAUAUGCAGGUCCGCAGAAGAUUUACGAGGUUUUGAAGAAAAAGAAAAAGAAUCCACCGGGACUUUAUAAAAUAAGAAAAUGGUUACAAAGCAAAGAUGACUAUACGCUUCAAAAACCCAUUCGAAGACGAUUUAAGACUCCCAGAAUAGUUGUGACAGAACCAUUGGAAAUGUUUGACGCCGACCUUGCAACUUUAAGUUCAAUUUCUUCCUUUAACGACAACUUUCAACACUUGUUAAUCGUUAUUGAUUGUUUUAGUCGUUAUCUAUGGGUGGAAGCAUUGCAAACUAAAACAGGGAAUGAAGUGUUAAAAGCGUUUCAAAAAAUAUUUGAACGAAGCAACUUCCCGAAGAAGUUAAGGACAGAUUCGGGCGGUGAAUUUUCCUUUACAGGUCUAAAGCGGUUUUUGAAGAGCAAGAAUGUCUACCAUCAUUUUGCUCUAAACUCUACAAUUAAGGCCAGUCUCGCUGAACGUGUGAUAUUGACGCUGAAACGAAAUAUUUUUCGAUUUCUAACGAAAGAAAGAACUAAUCGUUAUAUAGACAAAUUACAGGAUUUUGUUGCCAGCUAUAAUAACACUCCUCAUUCUUCCCUGGGAAAUAUUGCUCCCUCAAAUAUUGAUGAUGAAAAAGAUCAAAGUGAUUUGUGGGCUUACAUGUACUUAAAGAAGAACACGAAAUCAAUCAAUUCACAUAAAGGAAAGACGGAAAAGCCAAAACAUCACUAUGUUUUUCGUACUGGAGACAUGGUUCGCAUCAGUCAUUUAAAAAGAUCAUUUCAGAAAUCAUAUGACCAACAGUGGACAUCUGAAAUUUUCAAAAUCGCUGAGCGUUUUCUUUUUCAAGGUUUUCCCAUGUUUAAAAUAAUCGAUUUUAAAAAUCGAUUAAUCAAAGGUUGGUUCCAAGCUCCAGAACUUCAAAAGGUUGUGAAAAAUGCUGAUAGUUUAUGGUAUAUUGAAAAGAUAAUACGCAAAAGAAAACGUCAUGGUCGUAUUGAAUAUUUUGUGAAAUGGCAAGACUGGGAUGAUUCAUAUAACAGCUGGAUACCUAAAAGUGACGUAGAACAAUGA